GCUGUUUUGUUAGGCGCUCCUGCUCUGUAUAUUUCGGGCCCUCGCUUGGCGCUAAUAGAAAUAAAGGUGGGGCUCGGGAUGUGGCAGGAGCUCAGUCCCUCUCCUAACCAUUGAGUUUCCAUUAUUUUCAAAGCUUUGAAGCUCUCAAUGCGGGGUCGAGACCUCCUCUAUCUUCUUCAAUCCAGAUGUUGUACAUUAUACCUCGUUCACAAAACACCUCAUUUCCUCUUUCAGUAUGGAGGAGACAUAGGUAACACCCAACAGGGAUUGGCGCUAGCAGCGCUGAGUUGGAUUGGGAAGGGGAGUGGAGGGUUCUCAACCCCCAAGAACACGGCAUCCAUGUGCUGUGCAGGAGUCUGGAAUCUCCAAUUGCAGCGGCGCCAAAAAAAGGAAGAAGAAACGCCAACAUCCUCUCCUCUCCUCUCCCAACUCCCUGAGGUGUCGAGGGAUAUGUCCCUUCUUCCUCUUCUCUCCUCCUCACCAUCCCACUCGUUAGAUAUUAUAUUAUGAACCAAUCCCUCUCGCUCUCCUGACUCUGGACGCCGAAUUCGAAUUCAAAGUCCCCGUUGGAUCCUCCGGUCUGCUUGGACUUGGCUGUAGCCCACUCGCGGCACGCCUCCAUGUCGGACAACAAUGGGGGGAACGCGACGAAUGCGAAGGGCUUCGAUGCUAUAAAUCAGAAUGUUUUUGGGCUGACGGCGUUGAUUGUUUCGCUCGUGGCGCUGGUGACGACGGUGCUGCAGGUUUUGCAGCAGUACUUCUCGAGUGCCGAGGGGUAUCGACGUUGUGCAAAGAGUGUGAUGGGGGAUUGGAGUCAGGGCACUCAUAGGAGACUUGUUUGGAGGGAGUUUAGGGUGGAAGUGGUUUUUGAGACGCCGGUUAUACUUAUUGCUCAUCCUACGAAUACGAAAGGACCAAUUCAUAACCGACCUAUACACUACAUCGAUGGGACUGACGAGUCGUACCAAAACACCCGAGUCCUUAAGCCAGAUGACGAGAAAAACGCAAGCGACAAAACAGUUGGGAGAGUACAUACUGCUGAUGACGAGAGGGCGUCUUGGGUUACUCUUCUUUCAGCACUCCAAACUGCGGAAGCAAGCUCUCGAAGAUGGGAUGAACUGGAACGCAAUAAGGCCCCUCCUAAGAUUCCCAGAAUUCCACUAGCCGAACAUCAAAUUGCUGUAGGGCUGCAAAGGAAGACGCGGUCCUGGGACUUUAUUCCCUCGUCAAUUACGAAACCGUAUGCCACCACGGCGAUCUGCCAUUUAGUCGAAAUGAUGGCAAUGUUAGGCGUACACUGGAAAGUCUUCGACCAAAUAAUGUGGAAUUUGAGAGCGGAAGGAAACGGCUAUAUUUUGACAUCGACUACAGUACAUGGGCUUGGCGUCAUGGUGGUCUUUGCUAUAACUGGAAAGUCGAAAUUCGAAGAGUGUCGAGUGAUUCCGUGUGAAGCAGUCAAGGAACUGGCAUUUGGCACGGUUCCUAACAUAUUUGAUGAAAAGGAAUAUUUGACCAAGGAGCCAGAUGCUCAGAGUCUCCAGUUGCAAUUCGGGACACCGGAUGUCGUUGCUACAACUUUAGAAUCUCUAGGUUGUACACAAGAAACACUGGCACGAUGGGAAAAAGAUCAUAAACACAUAUUUUCUGGUAGGAAACCAUUCCUAACACAUUCUGUCUCCUACUAAUCACCUCACAGUAUCAUUCGAAAUCAUCGGCAUGCUAGGAAAAGCCUUCCGCAUCCGCGGCAGUAACUUCCGCAUGCUCCCUAACCCAACCACCGACUUCUGGAUGAAAAAGACUUAUCAAAAGGCCUCCUGGAAAAUCACCUGGUUGAUGGAAGUCUUCCAAGACAAACUAAAAGAGUUGAUAGAAUCCGAGGGUUUCCAACCCGAUCACCCAAUCAGCUUGAUUCGGUACAAGUGGAUAGAAAUUUCCGAUCUGGGAUGUAUAGACGACAGUACCCUUUCCCUCGAAGCCUGCGAACGCAUUCACGACGCUUUAGAUCAGAGCACGGACUAUCUCAAAAACCAAAAACAGCAAGUUGUCCUAGAUGUAGUCGUUGCGCAUCUUACCAAGGUGAUGUCCGUGCUCGAAGACCAGAGUUCGAAACUAAAUAAUAUCGUGUUGGCGAAAAAGGAGGAGACCCUGUUGAAUUAUUAUUUCUACCAUGUGAGACCGGCGGUUAUUGGGAAUCUGGAUUCGACUGGGAUCCUGUUGAGCAGGGCGGAGAAAGAGCUGAGGAAUACGAUCUGGAUUAGUCUUGUUUUUCGGAUGCUGUGUUGGCUUUUGUUGCAUGACUUUGAUCGGAGCGAUGUUAGGGUUGUUCCUAUGGAUAUGAAGGGGAGUCGGAUGCCGAUUUAUAUUGGGUAAUUAAUUUGGGGGAGACUGAGGGAGUUGAUAUAUAUCAUGACCUAUUGCGUGGCGUAGGGAUUUGGGAGAGAUGCAUCGUCUGAGCAUUACGUACUUGGAGUUUUAUUGGGUUUUUGAGCGUUCAGCGGCAUACCCGAAGGCAUAUUUUCUACGCCCUUAUUCUUUUCUUUACUUGCAUAGUUAGCUACGCUUUACUGUUUGGGGAUACCAUACCGUAUAGCACUAUCCCUUCGUGCGGAAUAUGCACAGCGCCCAGGCUUGGUACGGGGCUACAAGCGAGCCGUGGCGCCGCUAUACCUAAUUAGGACGUACCAAGUAUUAAAACUCUAUGUCUUGUUAGAAGUACGAAUAUUAUUAGAAAGUAAAC